AUGAGAUCAAUCGGGAGUGUUAUUUAUGUUGGAGUCCAACGAUCUUGCCUAUCAUCGGUCUUAACCUUUAAGUUACUUAUCAGAGUCAAUAAAAAAUCACUACGUUCGCAAGGAUUCGAUGCUGAGGAAUUCUCUUCGGUUGUAGCUGUUAGAGAAGCUGCUAAGGCAUAUGAUGUCAACCAUAACAUUGCUCUCACCACUGCAUAUUCAUCAAGUUCUCGCAUUAAGUUAAUCUGUAAGCACUCUGGAGGAAAUCUUGCAGUGUACUCUUGUGAGGCACAGCAUAAUCUCGCAGCUGAAGAAAACAGCAGAGCUUAUGCCAUGCACUGUAAACUGUCACCCGAGGUGAUGGAUAUCGUAUCUAAGUACCCAGAGGAGAACGAUGAUGUAGUCACUGUCUUUAACAUCUUAAAGAGAAGUGAAUACACCAAUAUUAUUUUCCAGGACAUUGCCAACAUUAAAAAACAUUUCGGAAAAUCUGGUGAGGGAAGAGAGAUUUUUGAAUUCAUCACAACUUUACAGGAUCUUGACUUCCAUGAGAGAUAUAUCGUUGACAACACUGAAGACAACAAAGUCAACAAGGUAUUUUUUGUCCACAAAGACGCAAUCGAAGAAGCAAUAGGAAUUCCCGAGACUGCGAUAAUUGGUGCGACAUACAAGACAAACAGCCAUAGUAUGAUAUUUGUCAAUAUUGUUGGAACUAGUGUAUUCAUCACUGACAACGAGCAAGCAUUGAGAAAUGCACUUACUCAUGCUUUCCCCAAGUCAAAACAGUUUUUAUGUUAUAAGCACAUAAAAGAUAACUUCAAAAAACAGCUUUUUCCAGUGAUGAAGGAAGAUGAAAAUGAAGAAAAGAAAAGUUUCUUGGAGAAGUUGGCCAAUUAA